AUCAGUCAAAGCCUUGCCACUCUUCCGAAAUGAAUAUUGAUAAGUUUUUCACAGACUUUAAACGCGAUAUUCAAGAAAUAAGAGAGUUUCGAAGAAAGACAAUGCGAGCCAGAAAAAAAUAUAAAAUGAGGUUCAAUCCUCUAAACAUGCCAGACGAUACAUUCAGACAAUACUACAGAUUUACUAAGCAGAACAUGCUAAAAAUUGUUGAUUUACUGCGAAAUGAUCUAGAAGUGGAUUUGCGUGGGGGUGGUGUUCCAGUUGAACUGCAAGUGAUGGCAGUUAUUAGAUAUUGGGCUCGACAUGGGAUCCAAGAGAACUGUGCUGACGUCCACGGAAUAAGUCAGCAAACAUUGUCGCGCUUAGCUCAAAAAGUUUCUAUCGCAUUAUGUUGUAAAAGUUCUCAGUAUAUUAAAAUGCCAGAAAAUUCUACAGAGGAAUCAACAAUUAUGCAUCAAUUUGAGGAAAUAAGUGGCAUGAAAAACAUAACUGGUGUCUUAGAUUGUACCCACAUAAAGAUACAAAAAAUAAGUGAUAAUAAUGGUCAAUCUUUUAUUAACAGUCAGGGGCAGUACUCAAUUAAUACACAGAUUAUCUGUGAUGCCAAUCUGAGAAUACGAGAUAUUGUAUGUCGCUGGCGAGGAAGUACUGAUGAUGCAAAGAUAUAUAAUGAAAGCUCAAUAAAGAGGCGUUUUGAAGAAAAUGAAUUUGUUGGAAAACUCAUAGGUGAUUGUGCAUAUCCCUGUACUUCUCAUCUACUCACACCUGUUCUGAGACCUAUAACUGAAGCAGAAGAAAGAUAUAAUCAAAGCUUUUUUGAAACUCAUAAUGUUGUCCAACAAUGCAUGAGUGUUUGGAAGGAAAGAUUCCGAAUUUUACAAGAUGUCAUUAGGGGCUCAUUAAACACUGCCAAAACAACUGUAGUUGCUUGUGCAGUACUACAUAAUAUAGCAAUGCAAUUAAAUGAACCUAUUCUUGAAGACACAGGUAUAAUGAAAAGUGAGACUGCUAUGGUUGAAGAACCAAAUUUAUUUGUUGAUGAUGGGAAUGAGAUACACAGAAACCAGUAUAUAGAGGAGUAUUUUAAUACAUAAGUAAAAAAAAUUAUUGCCAGGAUUCUGUUUUUAGUACCUCCAACUCCUAUAGAAGUAGGAUGUACAUAAUUUUUAUAUACCUAUAAAUAUAGUAUAAUAUUAUGUACCUACUACCUAUAUUAUAUACCUAAUGAUUCCUCCUAUAUAAUGACAGCCAUGAAACCAGUAAAAUGUGUGGUCCCAUUAGUAUGAAUAUAUAAGAGAAUACAUUGUAUUUUGAUCAUCUUUUCAGAAUAUAGAAAGACAAAUAGAUUAGUGCUUAGUCAGGGAUCGAACCUAUGCCCUCUGGGUCAAAAAUCACAUACGUUCACUAUAGAUCAGCUUUCUGCAUAUUCAUUAUGUUCUAUCAUUAUAGCAUUUUUUAUUUGUAACAAGUUUGACAUGGGGUGUCAAGGUAUAAAUUAAACAAAGCCUUUCUUAUUGACCUGUAUAUUUACCUAAGUGUAAAGGAGCGUAUUUACAUGGUGGACAUCCGUGUUUACCCUACCUUAACUUAGACAUAAGUUUAAAGAUAAAAUUGCUUCUUUUCAUUCCAUUGCCCUUUUAGUAACAAAUUAUUGUUAAUAUAUAUUCAAAUCCAUUAAAGACAGAAUUGUAUAGUACAAAAAGUCAUAUUUGAUAUUGGAUAUAGUACACAUACUGAUUAAUAAGUUUAAAAUUAUAUCUAAGGAUACAUAUCAUAAACAUAUAUCAACCAUAUAAAGUUGUUAUUGAAGCCAAAAAAAAGCAAAACCACUAAAAUUGAACUCUCCCACAUUUGUAUGAAGGUAGUCUGCACACAUACAUUUUCCCAGGUGAUACAAAUCACUUGUAUCAAUUUAUUUAUGAGAAUAGGUACUUUUACACUAAAGAUUCAAUAUGAUUAUGAUAUAAAAACUUUUUUGUCAACUGUACCUAAACUCGGCUAGAAAAUAAAAAGGCAUUGAAAUAAUUACAAUAUGAAAUCAAACAGCUGCCAAUUAUAAUUAGAUUAUUACUAAAGGUAUUCACGUCAAAGCUUCUAAUAUUUUCUAGGAAUACAAUAGAUAGAAGAUUUUGUAUAGGCCUUGAUUGUAGGUAAUGAAAAUGUAGUGAAAUAAAAUCUUAUACAAUAUUAAACAUUAUAAAGUA